AUGCAGGCCAUCGUCCCGUCCAGCUUCGCUGCAGCCCGUCCUGAUGUCUGGCCUGGCGCAUGCAAACAUAUUAUAAGCUUGUCAGCCGCGCAAUGGCCGGGCAGGCAGCGGCAUCGUCUCCCCUUCGCGCAGUAUCGCGAAUCAUCCGGUCCUUACUCUCGCUUCUUUGGUCCUAUGCAACGUACACUCAGCUAUACCGAUCCGGAUUCACUCCACGUCUGUCGGCCUCUCGAUACUCGCGUGGCCUCGUCGGACUCCGGUUAUGAAACAGGCAAUGACACGGAAUCCACGCUCCUAACUCCGACUGAGACAACAUCAUUACUCGCACAUGCUAUCUCUCCGUCGUCAAGUGCACGAGACAUAUUGGCCACAGCUGAGGAAGGCGAGAACGACUCGCGCAAGACUGUCGGCAUAACACCAGUCCCUACCAAACAGCUCGUUGUGCUCUGCAUUUGUCGAAUCGCCGAUCCAGUCGCUUUCACCCAGAUCUUCCCUUACAUCAAUGAGAUGCUCGCAUCUCUAGCCAUCGAGGAUGAGCGGCUGCCGUUCUAUGCCGGCCUCGUCGAGAGCGUCUUUGCGAUCGCGCAACUCUCUACAAUCUACCUUUGGGCGCGUCUUUCUGAUCGCUUCGGGCGGCGGCCAAUCAUAUUCAUCGGCGCUUUGGGAAUGGCAAUGAGCACUCUGGUCUUCGGAACGUCGAAGAGUCUCCCAGCUGUGCUCAUAGCGCGGAGCUCAGGUGGUUUGUUCUCUGGGAACGUCGCCGUGAUGCACUCGACGCUUGGAGAGCUCACCGAUGCCACUAACCAAGCCCUUGCCUUCCCAAUCUACGGUCUCGCCUGGCCUUUAGGAUCGAUCCUCGGCCCGCUGAUCGGCGGUACCUUCUCCAAUCCGGCCACUCACUUUCCCUCGGUCUUUACUGGUACCUUCUGGCAAUCGCAUCCGUACUUCCUCCCUUGCGCCUUUUCGGCAUCUUUCUCCGUGAUAGGAGUCACACUAGGCUACUUCUUUCUCCAAGAAACUCUGCCCAACAAGCCGGAUGGAGACGUGGCGAAGGAAGAUGCCACCCUCAGCACUCGCGAGCUCCUUCGACUGCCUGCUCUCCGCGCACUCUGUGUUUCAGGUGCUGGCCUGAGCUUCAUCUCUACGGCUUUCGAUGUCACUUUUGUACUCUACUGCUACGAAUCGGUUGAGCGAGGAGGACUAGGUUUCUCUGCUGCGGAGAUUGGCAUGGCGCUCGCGCUCGCCGGCAUCAUGUCCGGUCUCAUUCAACUCUUCAUCACGCCGAUUCUUCUGGCACGCUGCGAUCUCGCACGCCUCUACCGCAUCUCAUGCUUACUCUGGGCACCCGCCUUGCUUUGCGUUCCACUCCUUUCAUACUGUCUUGCCUGGUCGCCUGCCGCGCUCUGGGUGGCCAUCGCAGCGCUUCUGGGGCUCAGCAAGAUCGCAGGUCUCGCUUACGCCACUGGCAUGAUCCUGGUCAAGGGCGCCUCGCCCAGUCCGAGCGAAUUGGGCGCGGCUAACGGACUUGUGCAGACAUUCAUGGUUGGCGCCCGUUCCUUCGCACCUGCGAGUGCUAGUGCACUCUUCGGCAUGGCGACCGCCGGAUGGUGGGCCGUCGUCCUAGCUGUCCUCGCGCUCGGCGGUUGGACUCUUUCGUGGGGUGUUGUGUGCGAAGGCGAGAUUGAUCGCGAUGCCGCCGGUUGUGCCUUCGAAUAG